UGUCACUCAAACGUCAAACUGUACUUGGCAAAGGGGAGCUCUUUGAGGCAAAUCUCGAUUUUUUCGAAUUGUAAACAUGGUUUUUUACGAAAUCAGUUAAUUUUACUAAUAAGCCGGCGGUUAUUUGCAUUAUUUAUAACGUAAAACUAAUAUAAAUAUUGAGAAAUAACCGUGAUUUUUUUUUAUCUUUGAGUGGCACAAAUCCGCUGUUGUCUGAAGCAGUGAUAAAAGUUUUUUUUGUAUAACUAAAGAGGUGACGUUACCGAAAUAUACGUGGUAGUUUUCAAAUUCCCUUUAGCGUUUUUCUGAUACAAAUGAACUAGAAGAUAUUCGAUAAAAUGAAGAUUAGACCAGCGGUAGCAUUAGUUUUUGCCAAUCUAAUUUGCAUAGAAUGUUUUUAUUUGCCCGGAUUGGCUCCCGUUAACUAUUGUAAGAAGAAGGACGAACAACCCACUUGUAAAUCUGAUGUAAAACUUUAUGUGAACCGCCUCAAUACAGAAGAGAGCGCAAUCCCAUACGAAUACAGUUACUUCGACUUUUGUCUCCCCGAUGACGAUUCCAAAUCCCCGGUGGAAAACUUGGGCCAAGUAGUGUUUGGAGAACGUAUCAGACCGUCUCCGUACAAAAUCGAAUUUAUGAAAAACGAAACUUGCGUUGAAGUGUGCACAAAAAAAUACGACGGUAGCACCAAUGGCGACAACCGUUUAUUAUCCACCAUGAGAAAAGCCAUAAGUCUCAACUAUAAACAUCAUUGGAUCGUCGAUAAUAUGCCUGUAACAAGUUGCUUCGAUACCAAAGAUAAUAGGGUGUAUUGCAGCACUGGUUUUCAAAUGGGCUGUUAUACGAUGAAUAAAAGGACGACGUGUGUACCGGAAAUCGGACAGGAGGACGCGUUUUAUAUAUUUAACCAUGUUGAUUUGGUUAUAUCCUAUCAUUCUGGACAGAAAGAGGAGUGGGGCAGCAAGUUCGGGAGUAACGGAGGAAGAAUUAUCUCUGUUAAGGUUAUUCCAAGGAGCAUUGACCAUAGAGCUGCCAAAUGUAACCUUCAGAACCCGGAACCUCUACGUUUUCCGUUGAAGCCCCUUGGAAAGAACGAGAAGUUCGAAAUAACGUACACCUACUCGGUAACCUUCUUAGAAAACAACAACGUAAAGUGGUCGUCGAGAUGGGACUAUAUUUUGGAAUCGAUGCCUUACACCAACAUCCAAUGGUUCAGUAUCCUAAACUCCCUGGUUAUCGUGCUGUUUUUAUCUGGAAUGGUCGCGAUGAUCCUGUUGAGGACUUUGUACAAGGAUAUCGCGCGUUAUAAUCAAAUAGACAAUGGCGAAGAUGCACAGGAGGAAUUCGGUUGGAAACUGGUGCACGGCGACGUGUUCCGACCCCCACGCAAAGGAAUGCUCCUCUCGGUCCUCUUGGGGUCCGGGGUCCAAGUUUUCUUCAUGACCCUCGUGACCCUCGCGUUCGCCUGUCUCGGGUUCCUCAGCCCGGCGAAUCGGGGAGCCCUCAUGACCUGCGCGAUGGUCCUGUACGUGCUGCUCGGCUCGCCCGCCGGAUACGUUUCCGCUCGCAUCUACAAAAGUUUCGGAGGCGAAAAGUGGAAAUCGAACGUGCUGCUGACCUCGAUGCUCGCACCGGGGAUCGUUUUCGCAUUAUUUUUCGUCAUGAAUUUGGUGCUGUGGGCCAAAGGUAGUUCCGCGGCGAUACCUUUCAGUACUUUGGUGGGUUUGUUGGCCUUGUGGUGGUUGGUAUCCGUACCCCUAACGUUUGUCGGGGCUUUUAUCGGGUUUAGGAAGCGCGCCAUCGAACACCCAGUGAGGACCAAUCAGAUACCGCGGUUGAUUCCCGAACAGUCGGUUUAUACUCAAGCGAUUCCCGGGAUUGUUAUGGGAGGGGUUUUGCCCUUCGGCUGUAUAUUCAUUCAGCUGUUUUUCAUACUUAAUUCCCUCUGGUCCUCUCAGAUGUACUACAUGUUCGGGUUUCUCUUUCUGGUUUUUAUAAUCUUAGUGAUCACUUGUGCGGAAACCACUGUGCUGUUGUGCUACUUCCACUUGUGCGCCGAGGAUUAUCAUUGGUGGUGGAGGUCUUAUUUAACCUCGGGUUUUACAGCGGUUUAUUUGUUUUUGUAUUGCUGUCACUACUUCUACACGAAAUCGCAAAUCGAGGAUGCCGCCUCAACAUUUUUAUACUUCGGUUACACGCUGAUCAUGGUGUUUUUGUUUAAUUUACUUACGGGCACCAUAGGGUUCUUUGCUUCCUUCUGGUUCAUUAGGAAGAUUUACAGUGUGGUCAAGGUCGAUUAGACAUUUUAGCAUGUUGUUCAUAUUUGAAGAGCUUAAGGAGUUUUUUUUUAACAUUAAUAUUGUAUAUAGUAUUAUUUUCCUAAUAGUAUUCUGGUGAAUUUGCUAGUAAAUGGGUUUUUUAUUAAAAAAAACUAAUGAUGGAAUUUAUGGGGGGAGAAAAAUAAUUUGGCUUGAGGUAACUUCAAUUUACUUAAAAAAUCAGAAGAACUCAUUAGCUCUUUGCUAUUAAAUUAAAUAAUCGCAAUUUUGCACAGUAAAGAAAAACGCUUUUCUAAGAUUCUGAAAUUUCUUCCUCCAAUUUAAAGUGAACUCACCUGAUUCAUGCCUGCUGACUUUUAUAUUGGAAAUACCGAAGAUUACUGCUUACUAUAACUCACACCUAGUAAGAGAAUGAAAAGCGUUCAUUCCAGAUGUAUACUAAAAGGAUUGUAAGCUCUUCUCAUUAAUAAUUUAUAUUCAGUCUUAAAUUAGUCUCCUAUAUACAGCGCUUGUCUUAUUUUGGUCACAUUUUUGUCGCAAUUAAAUGGUGCUUAUAGAAACAUUUUCUUAGUUUUGUUCCUUAAAAAAAUCAAUUGGUUUGUAUCAAAAGAUAACGUAUAUUUUGAGUGUGCACCUCAAAUUAUUACUGGACAGCAUUUUUUUUUUUGAAGAAAUGAAAUUCAACUUGCCUUGCUUUACUACUACAAUUUUGUAUACAUUUUUUAUGUUUUAAGUUGUAGUUACUAUACAUUGAUUAGCAACACAUCGGUAAUUUCUUAAUUAUUAAUAUGUGAUUUAUAUUUAAAACUUGCAAUUCAUAUUUUUGUAUUAUAUUCGUAGGGUAUUUUGUUGUAAAAUAACUUUUCAUUUUAAUAAUAAAGUUAAUAUUUCUUUA